AUGGAGCCAACGAGUGCAUCGAAGCUUCGUGGUAAAAAUUGGACCAUUGAAGAAGAUGAAGCGUUGUGUACAGCAUGGCUGAAUGUUUCUACGGAUGCAGUGGUCGGUAUAAAUCAAAAUACUGAAAAUUUGUACAAUCGGAUCUACGAGAAUUUCAUCGAAAUAUGCACAGCUAAAGUUGUUUCAUCCAAUCCGGAACUUCGAGCACCGAAAGGUAUCAAGGCCCGCUGGCAUCAAAUUAAUAAAACAGUUUGCAAGUUCGCUGGUUGUAUAGCGCAAAUCACCAACCAGCAGCAAAGCGGAGCAUCACCUGAAGAUAUUUUUAAGCAAGCAUUGACAUUGUUUGCAUCAACGGAACAUUCAUCAUUAUCGCUAAUGCACUGCUUUAAAAUUCUGGAAAGUGCUCCAAAAUGGCAGCAAUACAAUGUAAAGGAAACAUCGAUGAAACGGAAGCUAACAGUUGUAAGUGAAACCAGUUUUGGUGGGAACGAUUAUGGAAAUGGUAAACUACAAACUGGUGAAGAGCGUCCCAAAGGACAAAAAACAUGUAAGCAGCAGCUGAAGCAUCAACACAUGCUGGACUCUACCGCACAGGAAAUAGUGAACGCGACGAAACUAUUAGCGCAGGUGGCCCAAGAAAAACUUACAACCGUCACACAAAGGAAUCUUACGCUAAGUAGAAUGGUUGACCAUUCUGUCAUGUCAAUAGAUUUCAGUAAGUUGAGUGAACAUGCAAAAGAAUAUUACAUGCUCGAACAACGACGGAUCCUGAAAGAGGCACAAUCUAAAAUAUUAGCCAAUAAUGUUACCGAAGAGGAAGACAGCAUGAAUAUUGAAGUUCUACUGUCAGAAGAAGAAUCAGAUGGUCCUUUCUAA